CUUGCUUCUACUGUCAAAUGGAAGAAAGGUCAGAUUGAGUACACUCCCACACCUAUAUCAGAUGAAUUUAAAUCAUGUGAGGAACUAGAAAAUCUCCGAUUGAAAUAUUUUUCAUGUUUUUUAAUGACGAAGUGAUUGAUUUGAUUUUAAAUCUUACGUUGCUUUGCUACUUUUAAAAACUGAUAAAACAAUUACUCAAAGAAAUCUUGCACCUGCCAUAGAUGAAAUGCAUUAUGAUAAUUAAGGUCACCCCAUGACUGUUCAUGCUAAUAAAGCCCGAAGGAGAUGUACCGCGCACCAUAAAAUAUUAUGCGUUUUCCAAUCACGACUAGCUUUCUUUUUUCUCAAAAUAAAUAAGAACUAAAAGUUCAGAUUUUCACGAAAUUAUAUAUAUUUGUAGCGGUUUAUUUAUCGAACGCUGUCCGGAAAACGCGCGGAGGCGGCAACGCCGCCUCCAACCGCAGAAGACGCGGUUCUUAUAAAGUGGGCGAGAGAUCGCUGGUACUACUAGUCGGUCCGCGCGUCUCGUACCGGGAAUUACCCGUCGCGGUUAGCCCGUAUAUAUAAAUCUCCGCCACUCAGUUUGCACGAGAUGCCGCCCCAGGAAAAGGCGCCGCCCGGCCUGGAAGGGCGCGCGAACCCCGCGUUCGUCGGCGACGGCGCCAAGCCGAAACCCGACGAAACGGCGUUCGACUUCGACGACCUGUUCGAGCACAUCGGCGACUUCGGCUACUACCAGGUCUUCCUCUUCCUGAUGAUGAUCCCGUUCGCGUUCUUCGUCGCCUGGGUCUACUUCUCGCAGAUAUUCAUCACGCUCGUGCCCGAACGCCACUGGUGCUGGGUGCCCGAACUCGCCAACUUGACCGUCGAAGAACGGAUCGCGCUGGCCAUACCGCCCGACGGCGACGUCCUCGACCGUUGCCACGUGUACGACGUCAACUUCACGGACCUGGUGGCGCGAGGAGUGGCACGCUCGGACCCAGCUUGGAGCAAGGUGCCGUGCCGGCACGGCUGGGAGUACAACACCACGGAGGUGCCGUACUCGACUAUCGCGACCGAACAGAACUGGGUGUGCGACGACGCCGCUUUGCCUAGCACCGCGCAGUCGAUCUUCUUCUGUGGCGCCAUCUUGGGGGGACUGGUGUUCGGCUGGAUCGCGGACCGCAUGGGCCGCAUCCCAGCCCUGGUCGGCACCAACGUGGUCGGCUUCUUCGGCGGCAUGGCCACGACCUUCUGCACGUCGUUCUGGAGCUUCGCCGCGUGCCGCUUCCUCGUCGGCAUGGCCUUCGAUAACUGCUUCACGAUGAUGUACAUCCUAGUUUUGGAGUACGUCGGCCCGAAAUGGCGGACGUUCGUCGCGAACAUGUCCAUAGCGAUAUUCUUCACGUUCGCCGCGUCCAUCUUGCCCUACAUCGCGAUCUACUCCAACGGCUGGAAGAUGCUGUGUUACUACACGAGCGCGCCCCUCGCCCUCGCCGUUCUCACGCCCUGGAUCGUUCCCGAAUCGGCGAGGUGGUUGGCCUCCAAGGGCAAGUUCGACAAGUCCAUCGGGAUCCUGCGCAAGUUCGAGCGGGUCAACCGGAAGGACGUUGAGCCCAAGGUUUACGAAGAAUUCAGGGCGAGCUGCGUGAGGGUACAGCAGGCGGAGGCGUGCCAGGAGAACUAUACGGUGCUCGAUCUAUUCAAGACGCCGCGCCUGCGCCGCAUCACGCUCAUCCUCGUCGUGCUUUGGAUGGCCAUCUCGCUGGUGUUCGACGGCCACGUGCGGAACGUCGGCACCCUGGGCCUGGACAUCUUCCUCACGUUCACGGUGGCGAGCGCGACCGAGUUUCCCGCGGACACGUUCCUCACCCUCGUGCUCGACGUGUGGGGCCGCCGGUGGCUCUGCUGCGGCAGCAUGGUCGUCAGCGGCGUCUUCAGUCUGCUCGCGACCGUAGUGCCACUCGGUGUGCCGUCGGCGACGCUCGCCAUUUGCGGCCGCUUCGCGAUCAACAUCUCCUACAACAUCGGGCUGCAGUACGCUGCGGAGCUGCUGCCGACGGUCGUGAGGGCGCAAGGCGUCGCCCUCAUCCACAUCAUGGGCUACGUGGCCAGCAUCGUCGCGCCUUUCGUCGUCUACCUCGCGAACGUCGACCUCGCGCUGCCCCUGCUCAUCCUCGGCGUGUUGGGCGUGGUCGGGGGCGUCCUCGCCCUCUUUCUACCCGAGACGCUCGACCAGGAGCUGCCGCAGACGCUGCAGGACGGCGAGAACUUCGGCCUGGACCAGAAAAUGUGGGACUUUCCGUGUGUCAAGAGGAAAGAACCGCCCCCGGCCGAGUUCCGACGCGCCCCGUCCACCGGGUCGUCGCUCCGCGCUUCCGUGAGGGGCGAAGCGAGGUCGAGCAUGAUCAACAGCGGCCGCUCUUCGGUGCGGUCCAGGAAACGCUCGGUCUGCGACGCCUGACGACGGCGACGACGCCCACGCACGCCUGUGAUCUUAGCUUUAUCGUUUUUUGUUUUUGUAUGCCGUUGUAAAGUAUUUAACUUAUUCGUAGGUAGUUCUCGAAAUAUACCCGUUUGGUUCCGAAACGUCGUGUUUGUCAACCACGGUGAAAUCUUAAAACAGUCAAUGCCAAAAAGACAUUACCUUUCUUAAAAUACUCAAAUUCAUUGGUACCCCGAAUAACAAAAAGUAUUUUUAUAAAAUUUAUGAAAUUUUUUUUGGUAAUUUUAGCUUACAGAAAAACGUGUUUUCCUCCAUAACCGUUCACCCGAUCGGCGAAAUUCUUUAACCGGCAGACGCAGAAGAUCCAGUGCAAUAACAUUUAUUUCGGGCAUAUUUUCGAUUAUAUUUUUUUAAAUUAUAGGCAAAAAGCUAAAAGACCUGGCAAAAUGUUCUUUUAGCCGCAAAUCAAAAAUCGCAAAACAUAUGGCUAAUUGGUUUAAACGGCGUCGUAGGCCGCAUCAAGAGCUACAAUUUUUGUAUUUGCGGUUUUCGUCUAUAGCACACAGAAAAAUUCCAUAUUGAAAUCGUUAUUUCUGGGGCUGUCAAGAGGCGAUGACGUCAUUGAUUAUUACGUCGCACUUAUUUUCUCAAAAACCAUUUACUAUUUUCAAAAACUUCUUGAACCAAGACUCGUGGAAAAUCCAAGGCUAUAACCUCUACUUCGAACAAUGAUUGUAUCAUAUACAGGGUGUGUCGUUUAAGGGCAAAAAAUCUAAAAUAUCCUAAACAUUUCCGUUUUUGUGGGUAAAUUAGUGAGUUCGAUAUCCUGCGGCGAAACGCAGUCGAUCCGCUUUUUGAGGGAGUAUGUGGGUUGGUUUGAGUGGGUUGAGAUAAUUCCUUAACAAAAGACAAUAAGUUAAAAAAAUAUCCGACCUACCUUACCGUAUUGAAGCAAUACGUAGUACACAAUUUUUAAUGCUGGCGAAACUGGUAUCUUUUACAAAAUGACACCAGAUAAAAUGGCUUCGCAAAUUUUUGAAGAGGAGGUACGGAAAUGGGAUGCGGAAUUAAAGGGGAGGAAACAGUACAAACAAGUGUAUUACACCCGAUGGACCAGGGCGUACUAAAAAGUCUUAAGAGUCGAUACAGGAAAAACAUUUUAAUGGAAAUGAUCGAGUCUGAAGACAAAUUUCCAAUUAACGUGCUAGAUGCAGUCAACUUUAUUAGUAAAGCUUGGAAAGAGGUGACAGCAGGAACAAUUCAACACUCCUAUCAUCAUGCAGGACUUAUCACCCAGACAGAAUGCGAACAAGACAUGGAAGAUGAUCAGUUUGCAAUAUUUUAUGGUGAUAGAUCAGGAUUUGCCUACAACAGCAGACUAAACAGAGGAGGCCAUAUUACAACAAGCAAGAAAGUGUGAAGAAGAGCACCAAGAGGAAGAAAAAGGUGAAGAAGUCGAUCUGGGACCACCACCAACCAUUCGACGAGCCCUAUAUUGAGUUGAGCCCUUAGAGAAAUUUUUUAUGUAUCAUGAGGAAGGUGUUCCUCUCGAAAAAAUGGUGAAAAUAUAAGCCAAAGCACGAGUUGCGUAUUGGCAUAUUAAAAAAAUUCAA